AUGGAGGAACAACAGCGAGGGAAGAAAAAAAACGAAAGCAGUUACAAAUUCCUAAACGCGGAUGAAAUAAAUAACCUGGAGUACAUUUUCAACAAAAUGAAGAGGGACGAAAAUGAAAGCGUCACGAUUCAGAAUGUACAAAAAUUUCUCCGUGAAAAUCAUAAUAAAGACAUUUCGGAUGACCUGUUAGAUUUUUUUCACAUGUAUGGAAGCACCAUCAAUCUGGAGGACUUCCUCACCGCGCUCAAUUGUGAUAUAAACAAAUUCAAGUCCAAGGAGAAAAUAAGAAGUUUGUUCGACUUGUUAGACACCUCCAAAAGGGGCUAUAUAUCGACUAGGAGCUUCAUACAGGCGGCCAAGGAAUUUGAAAAUGAAUUCAGUGAGGAAACCCUAAAGAGCAUUUUUAACAUCAUGGACUUAAGCAACAGCGACAGAAUGCACUUUGACGAAUUUAAGAAUGCGAUAGCGAAUAUGUGA